UAUACACAAUUUUUCUAGUGAUGGUGGUGAGUCGGUGACUGAGCGGUGGUGGGUGGUGUGGUAUUAGAAUUUAAAAAUUAAAAAAGAAAAUAAUAUAAUAAAGUAACGGAAAAAAAAAGAGGUUAAGCCUUUAAAAAGGAAGUAGGGGUGAAGGAAGGUUUCCAUCAGUUUCUGGUAGAAGCUCCCACUCUCCGUUACCUUUUCUCUUAGCAAUUAAACGUAUUCCAGUAUGGCUGACACCUUAAGUACCGACUUGUUGGAAUUCCCGAAGAAGGAUAACCGUCGUCUCCUGCAUGCAGUUUACCGUGUUGGUGAUCUUGAGCGCAGCAUCAAAUUUUACACAGAAGCAUUUGGGAUGAAGUUACUGAGGAAAAGGGACGUACCAGAGGAGAAGUACUCAAAUGCUUUUCUUGGGUUCGGGCCUGAGGAGUCAAACUUUGCAGUGGAGCUUACAUACAAUUAUGGAGUCGAUAAGUAUGAUAUCGGAACUGGAUUUGGGCAUUUUGCAAUUGCUACCGCGGAUGUUUACAAACUUGCUGAAGACAUUAAGGCAAAAGGUGGGACCAUCACAAGGGAGCCGGGUCCAGUUAAAGGUGGAACGAGUGUGAUCGCUUUUGCUAAAGAUCCAGAUGGCUACCUUUUCGAACUCAUUGAACGACCUUCCACUCCUGAACCACUUUGUCAAGUAAUGCUUCGUGUCGGUGAUCUUGAUCGAUCCAUCAAGUUUUAUGAAAAGGCAUUGGGGAUGAAGUUAUGCAGGAAAAUCGAUAGGCCAGAACAAAAGUACACAUUGGCAAUGAUGGGGUAUGCUGAAGAAAAAGAAACAACAGUAUUGGAGCUCACAUAUAACUAUGGUGUAACUGAAUACACCAAAGGCAAUGCAUAUGCACAGGUUGCAAUUAGUACGAGUGAUGUUUAUAAAAGUGCGGAAGUGGUGAACCAUGUCAUCCAAGAGCUUGGUGGAAAGAUAACGAGGCAGGCUGGCCCACUUCCUGGGCUGGGUACGAAAAUCCUCUCUUUCCUUGAUCCAGAUGGUUGGAAAACGGUUCUGGUUGAUCAUGAAGACUUUCUGAAAGAACUUGAGAAUAAAUAGAAGCUGUAUAAUAUGGUAUUGUGCAGUUGAGGAGGAUGCAACAGACAUAAUAAUAAAUAAAGCUAUGUGCAAUAAUAUAUUUGGCACAUAACAUCAUCUAUGUGUAGUAGCAUAAACCUAGUUGUAUGACUAUGAAUGGGUAUUAUUUAUGUAUGAUGUGACAGACACAUGUGUGAAGACAUUAUUAUAUCUUCUUAUGAGUUUGUAAGGACAUCCAUCAAUAUGUAUUGUGAUUUUGCUAGAUUAACUCUCAAAAGAUUAUAUAA